GCGGUCCUGGUGCUGCUGCUGCCGCCGCCGCUGCUGGUCCUGGUGCCGCCGCCGCCGCUGCUGCUGCUGCUGCUGCUGCCGCCUCCUCACCAUCUUCUGUCAAAGGAACUUCCCAGUGGAACCCUACCGUCCGCCGCGUUCGCUCUGUGGAAGGUGGCGCCGAUUGUCCGGGCGCUCGCGCCGAUCCCGGGCUCCACACACGGCGGGCGCGCGCGCACCCUCACUCCACUCACUCAGACAGAGGGACACGCUUGCACCCAGUAGAACGAACCACUACCGAAUGAAAAAUACAACCGAGUCAUAAUAUGAACAAUCUAGUUAAUUUUGGAUGAUUGAAAGGGAUUUGGAUCAGCAAAUGAAUGAAGUUCCAUUUGUAUGUGUUCCUCAGCAAUGCAGCAAGUAUUAGACAACCUCAAUGAGUUGCCUACCUCGACAGGAGCUAAGGAGAUAGAUCUGAUCUUCCUCAAAGGAAUAAUGGAAAGUCCAAUUGUCAGAUCUCUUGCUAAGGCUCAUGAGCGACUUGAAGACACCAAAUUAGAAGCAGUGAGAGAGAAUAAUGUGGACCUUGUAAAGCAGAUUCUUGAAGAGAUCAGCAGCGUAGUCCAUCAAAAUGAGUAUGCGGCAGAGCUAACUAUGAUUCUGAAGGAGCCACACUUUCAGUCACUUUUGGAAGCCCAUGAUUUGGUCGCAUCAAAGUGUUAUGAAACGCCACCCUCAAGCCCCAGUCUGCUAAAUGAUGCCUUCAGUGGCCAGACGGCAUCCGGUGAUGCUGUUCGCAUAAUUGGAAUUCAGAAGAAAGCCAGUGAGCCCUUGGGUGUUACCUUUAGGGUGGAGAAUGGCGAGUUGGUAAUUGCAAGGAUUCUUCAUGGUGGCAUGAUUGACCGGCAAGGUCUUCUCCAUGCGGGGGAUAUCAUUAAGGAAGUCAAUGGAACUGAAGUUGGGUCUGACCCAAAAGUACUGCAAGAAAUGUUGAUGGAUUGCAGUGGUGGAAUUUCGUUUAAAAUUUUGCCCAGCUACAAAGAAACUCCUUUGCCCUUGCAGGUCUUUGUGAAAUGCCAUAUUGAUUACAAUCCAGCCAAUGACAGCUUGAUCCCAUGCAAAGAUGCAGGAUUGAAGUUUUCCAGAGGAGACAUCCUUCAAGUUGUGAAUCGAGAAGAUCUCAACUGGUGGCAGGCUUUCCAUAUGAAGGGAGGAGGGAGUGCGGGCCUAAUUCCCAGCCAGAUGUUAGAAGAAAAGAGAAAAGCCUUUGUUAAACGAGACUGGGAUCUUUCACGGUCAUCUGGACCAUUGUGUGGAAUAAUAUCUGGUAAAAAGAAGAAAAAAAUGAUGUAUCUCACGACAAAAAAUGCAGAAUUUGAUCGUCAUGAAAUCAUGAUUUAUGAGGAAGUAGCCAGGAUGCCUCCUUUUCAGAGGAAGACUCUGGUGUUGAUCGGAGCUCAGGGCGUGGGCCGACGGAGUUUAAAAAACAGGCUCAUCGUAAUGAACCCCAUACGGUUUGGAACAACAGUCCCAUUUACUUCAAGAAAGCCAAGAGAUGAUGAACAGGACGGACAUGCUUACAGAUUUGUAUUGAGAGCAGAAAUGGAAAUGGACAUAAAAGGCAGCAGAUACCUGGAACAUGGGGAGUAUGAAGGAAACCUCUAUGGGACCAAGAUUGACUCAAUCCAUGAAGUUGUUGACACACGACGAAUGUGCAUUUUGGAUAUCAAUCCACAGGCAUUGAAGAUACUGAAGACAGCCGAAUUUAUGCCGUACAUUGUGUUUGUUGCUGCUCCUGAUUUAGAAACACUUCGUGCCAUGCACAAAGCUGUCAUUGAUGCUGGAAUUACAACUAAACUUCUGACAGACACAGACUUGAAAAAGACAGUAGAUGAAAGUGCUCGAAUUCAGCGAGCGUACAGCCACUACUUUGAUUUGACCAUUGUCAAUGAUAACUUGGACAAGGCUUUUCAGAAGUUACAUACUGCAAUAGAAAAACUCUUUAUUGAGCCGCAAUGGGUCCCAGUUAAUUGGGUAUACUAAUGCAUUGAAGAUUAUUAUUUUUUUGUUUAUGUGAAUAAGAAUUGAAUAACAAUGUCAUAUUUGACGACACAUCAGAUGCAGAAGCAGGGAAGCCCUGCUUUAUCUCAUGCCUUUAUAUUCUUUCUAGGUUCUGUUUAUAGUACACUAUUUUGGCAUUUUAUAUAAAUAACUGAAGGGAAAGUGUUCUUAUAAAUGUAAUUUAUUUUAAUUUUUUUCUAACUUUUUACAGAUGGUGUUUGUACCCAUACAUAUCAAGUGAAGGAAAAUAGGUUGCAAACAAAAUCUUAUUUGCCUUCGUAUCUAGUUUACAGACAUGUAUUCAAGUCUUAACCUUUUUUGAUGCAAAGUAAAAUUCUUUUUUUUCAGAUUUCAGACUUGCAAUUGGUCAUAAAAUUAUUUGUUAAAUAAGCCUCUAUUAUAUGUUAUCAACUGAAGCUUUGCAUCAGUUGAUAUAUAGUUUCUGCAACAGUUGCGGAUAAUGAAAUAUUGUCACAAUGGGUCAAGAGUCAACACAGUUACAGUCUAUUCCCAAAGUGUAGUGAAUGUUUUUGCUGUUAGAUAUUUUUAACGAACAUGUUAAGUUGAUAUUCGUUUAAAAAAAACUUAUGAACAUGACGGCGUCAGCAAGCUAGCCUUGACAUCUUUUUAUUACAUUUCAUUGUUUCUAUCUGCAUCAUUUAGCUUUACAUUGAUUAUAGGUAACCCUUGUAUCUGCUGUGCUGAAAGUAUUCACAACACAUUACAUACUUGAAUAUACGAAGUUGGCGAUGUGUUUCUGGUUUUAUACUCUAAGGAUGAAUGUGUAUCACUUAUUUUAUCCCCACUUUAAAAACAUCUUGCAUUUGUACAGAGCAUUCAGUGUAAUAAAAUAAGCCAAGAAGCUCAUGACAACCUUAAGUGCCACUAUUGGAUGUACUAAGGCGCAAGGUAAACAACUUCCAAUAUCCCAAUUGAUUUCACCCUAGUCAUAUAAACUAGAGGGCUUUGUGCCAAAAUAAAGGCUAAUGCUAUUUGCUUCAA